UUUUCUCGCAUCCAUUAAAACCUCAGAGAGAUAGAGAGAGAGAGAGAAAGGGGGAGGAGACGACCUUGACCUGUCCACAGGAUAUUCCAGGAGAGAAAAUCCCAACACUCACUUUCACCUUUCUCGGGAUUUCUUGAUCCAUUCAAGAAAGAUUGAGGAAAUUAAAAGAUUCCGCUUUUCAGGAUUCCCAAAUGGGCAGAAGAAAUCUCCAGGGCGGGUGGUUCUUGAUUCUCUUCUCCUUGUCGACGCUGACGCGGGGUUUCAAGUGCUGGGGCGGCGUGGGAGUCAACUGGGGGACCAUGACUUCGCACCAGUUGCCGCCGGAGAGUGUGGUGAAGCUCCUCAAAGACAACGGCUUCGAUAGGGUGAAGCUUUUCGAGGCUGAUGAGAAGAUCUUGGGCGCCCUCAUGGGCUCUGAUAUUGAAGUCAUGCUCGCAAUCCCAAAUGUGAUGUUGCAGGAGAUGAGCCAAGACCCCAAUGCCGCCGCCGCCUGGGUUGAUGCCAAUGUCACCAAUUACUGCUACACUGGUGGUGUCAAAAUCAGGUAUGUUGCAGUUGGGAAUGAGCCAUUUCUGACAACAUAUAAUGGGAGUUUUCUGCCUUACACUUUUCCAGCUCUGAGAAACAUUCAAGAAGCCAUCAACCAUGCUGGGCUAGGAACAGAAGUUAAAGCCACAGUUCCAUUCAAUGCAGACAUUUACUACUCUCCAGACUCAAACCCUGUGCCAUCUGCAGGCGAUUUCAGGCCAGAAAUCCGCGAUCUCUCGAUCGAGAUUGUCCAGUAUCUGUACUCGAACGACGCCCCUUUCGUCGUCAACAUCUAUCCCUUCCUCAGCCUGUACAGCAACAGCUACUUCCCCUUCGACUACGCCUUCUUCGACGGCUCAAACAAGACCCUCAGGGAUGGGGAUGCUGUGUACACCAAUGUGUUUGAUGCGAAUUUCGACACGCUUGUGUGGGCCUUAAAGAAGUCUGGAUACCCUGACAUAAAGAUCAUGAUUGGGGAAGUUGGAUGGCCAACAGAUGGAGAUAAGAAUGCCAAUGUCCAAAAUGCAAGAAGAUUCAAUCAGGGACUUCUCCAACAUGCUUUAAGUGGAGAAGGGACUCCAGCUAGGAAGGGGAAAAUCAUAGAUUUCUACCUUUUUAGCCUAAUUGAUGAAAACACAAAGAGCAUAGCCCCAGGGUGCUUUGAGAGGCAUUGGGGGAUUUUCGAGUUCGAUGGGAAACCAAAAUAUGAGCUAGAUUUAUCAGGCAAAAAGCUCAACAAAGGCCUUGUUGCAGUAGAAGGGGUGGCUUAUAUGCACAAAAGAUGGUGCAUUUUGAACCCCCACCUUAAAGAGCUUGAUGAUUUGCCAAGAAACAUUGACUAUGCUUGCAGCCUCUCUGAUUGCACUGCUUUAGGCUAUGGCUCUUCUUGCAACCAUCUUAGCGUCGAAGGCAACGCCUCUUUCGCCUUCAACAUGUACUAUCAGUUCAAGAACCAGAACGCGUGGGAUUGCGAUUUCUCGGGGCUGGCUGUCGUGACAGAUGAGGAUCCAUCUGAUGGGAAGUGCCAAUUCCCUGUGAUGAUCACAGAUGCCCACUCUGUUGUGCUGCUGCAUAAGAAGGUUUUGUACAUUUUGCUGGCCGUUGUUGAGGGGUGUAUAGUGUUUUUGCUCCUGGUUUCUUAGGUGAACCAUACAGUUGAAUACAAUAUAAUCCAAAGCCAAAA